UAAGUGCAGUGGUUCCAAAUCCUCUGUACCGAGGCACUAAUGUCGCUAAAGGUUUUUGUGCCAAUCAGUUUAAGCAUUUAAUUGGACUCGUAACGUAAUUAAGCAAGCUAUUAUUUCUCUAUUUCUAAGUAGUAGAAUAAAUCCAAAAAUUACCAGACCAGUUUUGCUUCUUUUUUGAACUGUGAAAACCAAUUAUAUAUGUUACAUGUGGAUAAUCUGGUGUUUUUGACCUUCGCUUUUAAGGUUUUCAUCAACGUCAUCAUGAUUUUCUUAGGUGUCUGGGGUAUUUAAUCUGUUAUUUACUAAUGAGCAAGCUAGUGAGUAUGUCAUUUAAGUAGCGGCAGUCUUUAACACCAAGUGUCAUUGGCUCAGGUGUCUGCGCUCGCCAUUAACUGUCAUUUUUAUAAUUAGGGUGAAAACUGCAAUGAAAAAGGAGAGAGAAUUAUUAGGAAUUUGGAAAAAAGUAAAGAUAUGUCAAAACAAAAUAUUUCUAAACUUCUUGUAAAUCCCACACUACUGUGCUUUUCUGAAUGCAUGAUAAGAGUAUGAACAAAUAUUAAACAAAAAAGAUCAAUGAGAGGUAAAGUGAUUGUGAAAUGGGUGUGAACAAACCUGCAGCCACAGUACGUACCUGGACUGAACUUGAGAAGCAACUGUUCUAGUGGGAGCAGGUCAAGGCACACAAGCAAUUUUCAGCAUGUCUGAUAAGCAUUAAAUGGAUUACAGUUGCAAGGUGGUUGGUCUGAUUUUGAAUUCUGAGAUAUUCUGGAACCAUGACCAGUCUCCUUGGAUGAUUUUUGCGGCAUGAUAUGUUUUCUCCAAGCAGUCAGUCCUGAACUUUGGAGGGCAUGAACACUAAAUGUGAAUCAGUUCAGGCAUAUGGGCAACAAUGGCUGUAGACAGUGUACUGGAAGUGUAAGUGAAGCACAACUGGAUUUUCUUAUCAGAUGAUCCCAGCAGUGACUUUUUAUUUUCUGGUGAGCUGGCACAAUGUCACGUAAGCAGUCUGUGAAGCAGGGACGACCCAACAAGAAGGCGGAUGUAGAAAGAAAACGAGAUGAGCGUGCAGCACGACGAGCCCUGGCCAAAGAGAGGAAGAAUAGGCCAGGGAGUGCAGUGGAGGAAGAAGAAGAGUUUGUGAGCUUCACCAAUCAGCUUCAAGUACUGGGCCUAAAACUGCGUGAGGUUCCAGGAGAUGGAAACUGUUUGUUUCGUGCCCUUGGUGACCAGCUGGAAGGUCACUCUAACAACCACCUGAAGCACCGAAGGGACACUGUUGAAUUCAUGACAACCCAUCGGCAGGACUUUGAGCCAUUUGUGGAGGAUGAUGUUCCUUUUGAGAGACAUGUGUCCAACCUGGCCAAACCUGGGACGUUUGCUGGAAAUGAUGCUAUUGUGGCUUUUGCUCGGAACCACCAGCUCAAUGUUGUCAUUCAUCAGGUGAAUGCACCAUUGUGGCAGAUUAAGGGAUCAGACAAGCCAUUUACCCAGGAGUUGCAUAUUGCAUAUCGGUAUGGAGAACAUUAUGACAGUGUGCGACAUAUUGGCGAUAACUCUGAGACACCUGCUAAUUUACGUACAGAGAUUUUGAGCCACAGGGGAAAUACUCGACACGAUAAGUAUAGGGAUCGUAACCUGCCACUGUCCUCAACUGCCAAUAGCCUUGGAAGGCAAAAUGAGCAGGAAGAAGAAAGGAGACAUUUAGUCGAAACUAUACAAAACAUCACAGGGUGUAUGGAUACAGCACUAAUCCUGCAAAGCCUGGAAGCUGAAUGUCUGGAUAUAGAUGCUGCUGCUGCUGCUGUGAUGCAGAAACAGGAAUCCAAUGAGAGUGCCAAAAGAGACUGUAUCCCUUCGGAAGUUACACAUACUCUACAUCUGUCAUCUCCUCAGUGGAAAGACUGUGGUACAGGAAGUCGAAUUUUUGGCAAGAUGGAUAGUCAGCUCUGUGAGACAGAGAGUACCCAAAGUUCUGAUGCAAGUAGCAGCACUUCUAAGGUAUCUAGCAGACAGCGCAAAGAACAGCAACGUCUGCAGAAGAAGAAGCGUCAGGAAGAGCGACACCGGCAGAAGAUACUGGAGAACAAAAACAAAGCUGAUAGUAAUUGCAGCCAAAAUCCAGAUGGCCCUGUAACCUUGGUCAGGUCAUUUGCUACCCUUAACAUUUGACUGACAUUUUUUGAAUGUACAGAGCUGAGAAGGGUGUCUCAAACUCACAAUGUUUAUUGUUCAAAUUGAGCCUAGGCCAUACCUUGGGAUUGCAUGGUGGUCUGAUUUUUUUUUUGUUAUUUCUACAUCCUUGUCUUGACUGGAAAUAACUUUUAUGAGAAGGACAAUGAGAACAUAUAUACAGUUAAAACGUUUUAUUUUAAGUUGUCAAUCUGGAUGGCUAGGUUAAAAGACUGAAACAACAAUGAACUGCUUUGCACUGUGAUUACUGAUUCCCUCUGUGCCACUAGGGGGCAUCAGAUGCUGACAUUUAGCAACACACUUCUGUGAGACACACAGUUGGUGCUUGGACACCAUUUCAGUGACACUAUGCCAGUGUGACAAGUACCGGUUGGUUCUAGUGGAGAUUGGCUUGCAGAAUGCUGGAUUGUCCACAUUUUUUGUCAGCAGCCAAAAAUAAAGUGGCAUAAUAUUUGCACAACAUAGUAAAUAUUCAGCGAUGUUAUUGCCAAAAAUAUUUUUUGGUUCCAUUGUAUGCUACAAAACCCACUUAAAUAGUUUCUGUUCAAUAAAGUGGAGAAUUUGCUUAAAGAAAAAAAUGUCACUGUUC